AUGAUUCCAGCGUUGAUCAUAUGCGCUCUCGCCUCGGCGACCCAGGCUGUUCUCGUCUCUGGCCCGACUGGACCAUACGCGGUUUCCAUGUCAGUGCAAGACCUCACCGAUAAUACUCGACUCGAUCCUUACGCUCCGGUCAACAACACGCACUUCCGACGACUUAUGACGUCCACCUUCAUGCCCGUUGACAAACUGAAGAGCUCCUGCGAGGGUUACGAAAGGGUGCCUUACAUGACCCCCCUCGUGGCUCAGGCUUACGACCAGCUGGGCGUCGCCGUUGGCCUAUCCAAUGGUAGCUUCUCUUCGUUUGAGAUGGAGUUCUGUCAGCCUAGAGCUCGUUCAUGCAAGCGAACCCGCUCGAGUUUUCCCCUUGUGCUCUUUUCUCCUGGCUCGGGCAAUCCGCGCCUCCUUUACGGUGCCAUGGCUCGCGAAGUGGCUAGUCAUGGCUUUGCCGUCGUUACAAUCGAUCAUCCUUACGAUCCAUCUUUUGUCGAGUUUCCUGACGGAACUGUUUAUCGUGCGGCUGACUUGGACGCGGAUAAUACUACGCAGUUGGAAUCUCUCACCCAGGUUCGAGCUGAUGAUGUCUCUUUUGUGCUCUCUCAUCUUCACAAGAACCCUACUGAUGGCGUCAAACUCAACCACACCAUAAUGUUCGGCCACUCCCUGGGAGGCGCCACCGCCGCAGCGGCAAUGUUACAAGAUUCGCGCAUUCUGGGCGGCAUCAACUUGGACGGCAAGCUCAUGGGCCCCGCACUCAACGCAGGCCUCAACCGUCCAUUCACCCUUGUCGGCAGGCCCGGGCACUCUGACGAAGAUCCGACCUGGAGCGUCUUCUUCGCUGCUCUGAGAGGCUCCAAAGCUCUGAUGACCGUUAGUAACACCACGCAUGGGACGUUUACGGAUUUCCCUAACCUCGUCUCUUCAUUGAACAUUACUCUACCCGAGGCAGCACGCUCUCUGUUAGAUAGCCAGCUUGGUAGUCUGGAGUUUGGGAGGAUUGGAAAAGUGGUAGCUGGAGUUGUUGGGGCUUUCGCCGAUCUGGUGUUGCACAAGCGAGCCAAGUCUGUCUUCACUAAAGCCGGCGACCCUGCUUUUCCGGAGGUUGUGGUAACUAGCAUCGACGUUUGA